AAUCAAUUCUAUGUGGGACAAAUAUCACGUCAAUUAAACAGGAUCCAUGAACACCAGCUGGCAGUCAAACACCACAAUCCCAAAUCCUUAAUCUCUACCCACACCGACACCAAACAACACCAGUUUGAUAGGAGUAACACAAAAAUCAUCAGCUACCUGGCCAUCCGUGAGUUCAUCGAAACCUGGCAUGCCACAAGCAAUUCCUUCAACAGACACAUUGACCUACAACCAGCCUAUGAACCCCUCAGAAUACAAAUCAAUUGCACAACUAACCAGAGACAGCAUCAACCCUCAACCAACCUACGCCAGCCUCCCCCCACAUCACUUCACCUCCCAAUGACCCUCACCUGAUGUAACCUCUCCAUCACAAAACCCAUCACAAGCUCCCACUGAUGAUUCACACCUGACCCAUCACAAGGACCAUCACAAGAGCUACUGGCCACACGAAGCCCUUACAAACAAAAGAACGCUGACACUGACAUUCCCUAAACUCCAGUGAAGACACUACCUAGCCUAGUAAGAAACAUUUGGAAACCAACCCACAAGCUUGGAGAACGAACCUUCACCCUCAUCUUUAGAUUCUGCUUGUUCCUGGGAGAAGUGGGGAUCCAGAAGACUUUGCAGGGUGAGAGAGAGGAACAGCUGGCUCUCAGUAGCACCACUUGUCUCCUGUAUUCUACCUCCUUGUGAUCCAGAAACGUUCCCUCUGGACCACAUUGCGGUUUAGAGCCACUGAGGAGAUGCUGAUAUGGAGAAGGUCUGGGAAUACUUUAUGGUGUGCACAACCACCUUGGAAGUGGGGGACAAACCGCAUUUGGUUGAGUUUUGCUGUGCUAUGUCUGACUAUAGUGAGCAUUGUUUGCCUACAGUCAGGGAUAAUGCUGCAUUUAGGCUCCCGUGAUCCAGGAGUGCCCUCCAACUUUAUGGGAAUAGUCUUCCAGGACAUCCAAAUUUCCUCAAAGAGAAACAAAACUCUGAAGAUCCUCUCAGCUGCUGGAUCAGUCAACCGGAACUUAGAAAUUACAGUACAGACUCUGACAGAAGAUUCCUUCUUCUCCAGAAUCAAGAAGUUCUGGCAACGUCUUGAGAAGGUGCUUGCUGGAUUUCAACAACUCAGGAAGGUUUCUCAUUCCAUCCUCCCAGUACCAUGGCCUGUGUGGCAGAAAAAGCUUUCAUCCCAAGUACUGAGCCCUCGUCUUCAACAAGUUUUCCAGAACUAUCAAACAAUGAACAAGUAUCAGGUGCCCUCAGGUGCUGGGCAGCAGCCAGGCAAUCCACACCUAACUGGGAUGGACCUCUUGUGCCAGCUCAAAAGCCGUGUGAAUGUGUCCACUGUGUUGAGUGAUGAAGGACCCUUUGCAGAACCAGUAUGGAGAGGUAUGCUGCCUCAGAGGAGUUUGGCAGAAGAUCUUGGUCACCUGAAGACAUGUGCAGUUGUGAGCUCAGCUGGCUCCAUGUUGGGGUCAGGAUUGGGCAAUGAGAUUGAUUCCCAUGAUGCUGUCCUUCGUUUCAAUGGAGCCCCAACUGCUGGCUAUGAACAUGAUGUGGGCACAAAAACAACACUCCGCCUUGUGAAUUCCCAGCUAAUGGCUUCUCCAGAGCAGCAUUUUCUAGAUGGACUACUCUAUGCCCAGGGAACACUAGUUGCAUGGGAUCCAGCCCCUUACCCUGGGGACCUAGAAGAGUGGUACAAGUCUCCUGAUUAUCCCCUCUUUGAACCCUUCCGUACCUUGAGAACCAAAAGACCUUGGCAGCUGUUCCAUCUAUUGCAUCCUCGGCUACAGUGGGAGCUCUGGGAGCUGGUGCAGGAAGGGGCAGAUGAGCUGGUGCAACGCAACCCUCCAUCUUCAGGCCUGCUGGGAACAGUGCUAAUGAUGUCCUUAUGUGAACUUGUCCAUGUGUAUGAAUUCCUACCAUCUCAACGGCAAUCCAAUCAGUGCCACUAUUACCAGGAUUUCUCUGAUGAAGCCUGCACACUGGGUGCUUAUCAUCCAUUGCUCUUUGAGAAGAACUUGGUGCGGCGCAUGAACUGUGGCACACAGACUGACUUGGCACAAAGGGGUCGUGUGACUCUGCCAGGCUUCCAAGUCCUCAAUUGCAUCCAGAAGGCAUGAAAUUUCAGCAGGGUCUGUGUAAGAUACGUACCAUCUAGCUGGGCAAAAAACAGACAAGGCAGCUGGCAACAGAGUGAAAAAAAUCAUCAGUCAACACAAAAUGCAUCAUGAAAAAGCUGUAAUCCUUGAUGUUGGAGCUAAGAUGAAGGAAACUGGAAAGUGGCUGGAUCACAGGUGGAGGAAAACCCAUGAAUCUGAUUAAAUAUGACUGAAGUAAUUCUGUGGAAGUGAUGGAGGGGAAGAAGAAAUGUUUCUUUGCUUGUGGAAUUCACAGUAGCCUACUAUUUUUUAUUUUAUUGAGUUGUCAAAUUCAAGCACUAUCUAAGUGAUUUUGGAUGAUUUACAGGUAAAAAUCAUCAAAAAAUUAUAUAUGCAAAAGACAUUAAUAAUUGCUUGUGUUAUAUGUUGGCCUCUGCAAGAGAUGACUAAAAGGAUUGUCCAGAUCUGAAUAUAGAAUAACAGAGUUGGAAAGGACCUUGGAGUUCUUCUAGUUCAACCUCCUGCUCAAGCUUCUGCUUCUUCUUCUUGUACCAUAUCCGUUAUCGGACGUUGGCGAUCAUAU